GUCAAGAAAACUUAAACGGAAAACUUGCAACUUUGUAAACCAAAAUGUAAACAAACAUCUGAUCUAAACCGCAUCCGAUCUGGAAGUAUUCUGUAAUUCUCCUUGAAGUCACUUUCUUUUUUCGCAACUGAUUUCGAAAUCGUGGACUCGAUUAGAACGGUAUAUGUUACAAGUAUUCACGGUGAUCAAAUCGUAGACAUUUAUGAUGUUCCUAUGGAAGACAUCAUUCGGCCCUUUCCUCCUGAUCUUAACAACAGCAAAGUAGACAGUCUGGUUGAAACACUUAAGGAUGCCACGAGAAAAAAUGAAGUUCCCCCAAUCGAUAUCCUUUGGAUAAAAGGAAGCAAUGGAGGGAAUUAUUAUUACUCAUUUGGAGGUUGUCACCGUUAUGCUGCCCAUAAGAAACUUGGAAUGAAAACAAUUCGAGCAAAGCUUAUAACUUCCAAUAUUAAUGACCUUAAAGUUUACUUAGGUAGUUCUACACCAGACUUAAAGUAAAUGGUAAAACAGCCUAGAAUAAAUCAAUGGUCAUGGGUCACA